UCCGCUUGGGAAGCGCAAGUGUGCGCGAGUUUUUCUACGGCGCUUUUCUUUCGUCGUUGGAAAUGGCUUGGAGGUGGCAGGUAUAUCACCUGCUCUACAUUGUACUAAUUAAACUAAUUUUAAUUGAUCUGUCAUUAACUCAAUCUGCUACAACAAUUCCAUUUCCACCCACUAUUGUCAAGCAACCUCCAUCUACAGAACAAUUAUUUCAAGUCUCACAAAAUCAGGAUGAACCAGACAAGUCAUUUAUGUUGGAAUGCCAAGCAUUUGGAAAUCCUCAACCAACAUAUCAAUGGAUGAAAAAUGGAAAAAAGUUUGAUUAUAUGACUUAUGAUAGAAGAAUUUCUCAACAAGCUGGUAUUGGUACAUUAUUAUUUACAAAACCAGAUGAUAUAGAUGAAGGCAUCUAUCAAUGCUUGGCAGAAAAUGAACAUGGCAUUGCAGUUUCAAAUACUGUUUUCUUAAGAAAAUCUGAAUUGAAUUCUUUUGCUGAUGAGGAAUCUAGAGAUGUUUAUGUUAUGGAAGGUGAUCCUUUAACACUUGAUUGUGAUACACCAUUAGGAUAUCCAACACCUACUUUAUUUUGGAUAAUACAAUCAAACACAGGAUCUUUGAGAACCAUUAAUGAUUCCAGAAUAACUGUGGAUCCUACUGGUAAUUUACAUUUUUCAAACGUGACAAAAGCAGAUGCUUUGGAUGAUGCCACUUACGCUUGCAGUGCCACUUCUGUAUUUCGAAAUGAAUAUAAACUAGGAAAUAAAAUAACUCUUAAUGUUGAACCUUCAGGAAGUAAUAACACAUUUUUAAUGUUUAUAGAAUUGAAUUCUUUUGCUGAUGAGGAAUCUAGAGAUGUUUAUGUUAUGGAAGGUGAUCCUUUAACACUUGAUUGUGAUACACCAUUAGGAUAUCCAACACCUACUUUAUUUUGGAUAAUACAAUCAAACACAGGAUCUUUGAGAACCAUUAAUGAUUCCAGAAUAACUGUGGAUCCUACUGGUAAUUUACAUUUUUCAAACGUGACAAAAGCAGAUGCUUUGGAUGAUGCCACUUACGCUUGCAGUGCCACUUCUGUAUUUCGAAAUGAAUAUAAACUAGGAAAUAAAAUAACUCUUAAUGUUGAACCUUCAGGAAUUACUGGAGAAGGAACUCAUGCACUUCGACAACAAUAUGUCUCACCUGCAAAUAUUGUAGCUCUUCGUAAUAAGCCAUUAGAAUUAUUUUGCAUAUUUGGUGGAACACCCUUACCAACUAUAACAUGGAAAAAGAGAGGCGGAAAACUUCCAACUGGUCGAAUUGCAUAUAAAAAUUAUGGUAAAACACUGAAUAUACGUCGAGUUGAUUUUCAAGAUGAAGGCACCUAUGAAUGUGUUGCUGACAAUGAUGUCGGAAUACCACAAACUCAUACAAUGGCUGUUACUGUACAAGCUUCACCCUAUUGGUUAACUUCACCAAAUGACACUAAUGCAGCUGAAGAAGAAGUAGUGAAAUUUGAAUGUAAUGCAAAAGGAAUUCCUGAACCAACAUUGAAAUGGUUUGUAAAUGGAGUACCUUUAGAAGAUGCUGAACCAAAUCCAAGAAGAAAAAUUGAUGGAAAUAUGUUGACAAUCGAAAAUCUUGAAAAAACUGAUACUGCCGUUUAUCAAUGCAAUGCUUCUAAUGUGCAUGGUUAUGCAUUUGCAGAUUUUUACUUAAAUGUAUUGGCUCUUCCACCAACAAUUAUUGAACGACCAGAACCAGUAACUAUGGCUGUUGUUAGUUCUACAGUUACAUUACGCUGCAAUGUAUUUGGAGCUCCAAAGCCUGAAAUUAAAUGGGAAAAAGAUGGAGAAACUUUAGAAGGAGAAAGAUUUACGUUAUUAGAAAAUGGGGAUUUUCAAAUUAAAGAUGUGGCAAAAGAAGAUGAAGGUGAUUAUACAUGUUAUGCAUCUAAUAAGUUUGGAGAUGAAGAAGCAAUGGGAAGAUUAGAAGUUAAAGUUAAAACAAAAAUUUAUCAAGCUCCAAAAAAUUUUGAAGUUGCUGCUGGAAAAUCUGCUACAUUCCGCUGUGAGGCUGAAGUAGAUCCCAAUCUUAAGCUUCAGAUUGAGUGGUUAUUUAAUGAUAAGCCUAUUGACUUUGAUCAGGAUGCUCGUAUUAUUCAAUCAUCUGAUAAAUCAUUAACAAUCACAAAAACAGUAGAAUUAGAUUCUGGAACAUAUACUUGUAUUGCUAAAACUUCCUUAGAUGAAGAUCGUGCUUCAGCAAUGCUCAUUGUUCAAGUUUUAGUUUUGGUUUCAGUGUCUAUGACACCAUGGGCCAAUUAUACUUUUCGAGUAAUAGCUAGAAAUAAAAUUGGACCAAGUGCACCAAGUGCUCAUUCAACUAAUUGUUCAACACCUCCUGACGUUCCAUACAGAAACCCAGAUAAUGUGAAAGGACGUGGAACAAGGAAAGAUAAUCUAGUCAUUUCAUGGACGGUAAUGCCAAAAAUAGAACAAAAUGCUCCAGGGUUUUAUUAUAAAGUCUAUUGGAAACGUGAUGAUAUUCCAAAUGCAAAAUGGAAUAUAGAAGAAAUAAAAGAUUGGGAGAAAAAUGAACUGGUCAUAGAAGAUCAACCAACUUUCAAACCAUAUCGAAUUAAAGUAGAAGCUCACAAUGAAAAAGGUUCUGCUCAUGUUGCUGCUACUGAAUUUAUUGGAUAUUCAGGAGAAGAUGAUGCUGAACCAAAUCCAAGAAGAAAAAUUGAUGGAAAUAUGUUGACAAUCGAAAAUCUUGAAAAAACUGAUACUGCCGUUUAUCAAUGCAAUGCUUCUAAUGUGCAUGGUUAUGCAUUUGCAGAUUUUUACUUAAAUGUAUUGGCUCUUCCACCAACAAUUAUUGAACGACCAGAACCAGUAACUAUGGCUGUUGUUAGUUCUACAGUUACAUUACGCUGCAAUGUAUUUGGAGCUCCAAAGCCUGAAAUUAAAUGGGAAAAAGAUGGAGAAACUUUAGAAGGAGAAAGAUUUACGGUAAAAACUCUUCCACCAACAAUUAUUGAACGACCAGAACCAGUAACUAUGGCUGUUGUUAGUUCUACAGUUACAUUACGCUGCAAUGUAUUUGGAGCUCCAAAGCCUGAAAUUAAAUGGGAAAAAGAUGGAGAAACUUUAGAAGGAGAAAGAUUUACGGUAAAAAAUGUUCCUAAUCCACCUAAAAUCACUGGUGUCAAAUGUGAAGGACUGACUGCAUUAGUAGAAUGGCAGCCCAAAGGAGAUCGACAAGCAGCUAUUUUAGGAUAUACAAUUCAGUUCAAUACCAGUUUCCUUCCAGAUGUUUGGGAAGAUGCAUUUGUAAAUAUACCUGCACCUGAUACUCCUCCUGGUCCUGUGGCCAAUUUUGAUGCUAUACCAAUGGGAUCCAGUGCACUUUAUCUUAUUUGGAAGAAACCUUUAGAACCAAAUGGCAUUCUUACUGGUUAUAAAAUAUAUUAUGAAGAAGUAAAUGGAACUGAAUUAGGUCAACAAAUAGAGCGAACUCCUCCAAUUGAUGAUCCUAGAGAAGCUAGAGCUAAAUUAGCAGGACUUCAUGCUGAUACAAAAUAUCGUGUUACAAUUCAAGCUACAACAAGUAAAGGAGCUGGUGUUCCAUAUUUUAUUGAAACAAAAACAAACAAAAAAGCAGAAAGCGCACCUGAUGUUCCUGACUUGGUCUGGUCUCGGUUGCCUGAUGUUGGAGGAAAAGCAGGCAUUCGAGUUACAUGGGUUCCUGCAGUAGAUGGUCAUCCUGGAAGUCACUUUUUUGUUCAGUAUAAGAAGAAAGGUGAUACACAAUGGGAAAGUACUGCAAUUGAAGAAAAUCAAGACUCGGUGACUAUACAUGGAUUAGAAUUAGGAUCUUUAUAUGAAUUAAAAGUAAUUGCUGUAGAUGGAGGCUUUCAAACUGCUAGCAAAAUAGAAGAAAUUGAAACUGGAGGACUUGCACCUGAUGUUCCUGACUUGGUCUGGUCUCGGUUGCCUGAUGUUGGAGGAAAAGCAGGCAUUCGAGUUACAUGGGUUCCUGCAGUAGAUGGUCAUCCUGGAAGUCACUUUUUUGUUCAGUAUAAGAAGAAAGGUGAUACACAAUGGGAAAGUACUGCAAUUGAAGAAAAUCAAGACUCGGUGACUAUACAUGGAUUAGAAUUAGGAUCUUUAUAUGAAUUAAAAGUAAUUGCUGUAGAUGGAGGCUUUCAAACUGCUAGCAAAAUAGAAGAAAUUGAAACUGGAGGACUUGCACCUGAUGUUCCUGACUUGGUCUGGUCUCGGUUGCCUGAUGUUGGAGGAAAAGCAGGCAUUCGAGUUACAUGGGUUCCUGCAGUAGAUGGUCAUCCUGGAAGUCACUUUUUUGUUCAGUAUAAGAAGAAAGGUGAUACACAAUGGGAAAGUACUGCAAUUGAAGAAAAUCAAGACUCGGUGACUAUACAUGGAUUAGAAUUAGGAUCUUUAUAUGAAUUAAAAGUAAUUGCUGUAGAUGGAGGCUUUCAAACUGCUAGCAAAAUAGAAGAAAUUGAAACUGGAGGACUUGCAUUAACAGUUCCAGAACCUUCAAAUAUAGCAACAGCUGCAUGGUUUAUAGGAAUGAUGUGUGCUAUAGCAUUGUUACUUCUAUUGUUGAUUAUUGUAUGUCUAAUUAAGAGAAACAGAGGAGGAAAAUACUCUGUACACGAAAAAGAAGCUGCGCAAGGUGGAGAAUUAGAUUAUCCGGAAGAGGGAGGAUUUAACGAAUACAAUAAACCUGUUGAAAAUCAAAAUCCACCUCGUGGUAGUAGAACAUCUUUGAACAGUAGUAUAAAAGGUCCAGAAAGUGAGACAGACAGUAUGGUUGAAUAUGGAGAGGGAGAAAAUAGUAAAUUUACAGAAGACGGCUCGUUCAUCGGCCAGUAUGGUGCAAAGAAGAAAAAAGAGGAGGACACUACAUCACCAUCUGCACUUGCUACGUUUGUGUAGCAUAAUUCAUUUUGCCUGUGUACAGAGUCUUCAGGCCAUUUUAAUCUUAAAUCUUAUGGACAUGCCUUACUGAGUCAUUGUAGCCUGUCUGCAUAUUUGGUAUACAUUUGUUUGAACAAAACUUAACCAAAUAAUCAUCACAGUAAAAUCUAGGUCAUUUGUAAAAUGGCACCACAUGCAAUUGUUAGGUUGAAAUGUGAAUACUAUUUACAAUUGUAUGGCAACCUGUUUAAUUCAGGAUCUAGUGGAACAGCCACUGCUUCUUUGUUCCUAACUAUUAUAAAACCAGGGAAUAUGAUUUUCUGCAGUUUCCAAAGUCAUAUAAAUGAGGUUAGUGAAGCUUCUAUGCAUGUAAUGCUUUCCAUCUUAAUUUAAUAACAGGCACACUAAAUUUUUGAAUUAAGAAUCGAACAGGCUGCUAUUAACUGUCUAAGAUCUCUUAAAUGUUAGUCAUUAGUACAUAUUUAUUUGUUUGAGUGGCAAUUAAUUUUCUGCUUUUUCUUCCUUUUUAAAAUCCUCUUCAGAGGAUUUUGUGAUAUUUUUUUUUCAUGUUAUACAUAAAUUUCUUUUUCUACUGAGUUGUACAUUUUAUAUGUUUAAUAAUUUGAAUCAAUAUACUAUUUAUGAUCAAUAGAUGGAUUUCACAUUAGAAGGCUUCCAAAAAAAAAGAUAAGCCUGUAUAAUAGAAAAUACACAUCAUUACGUAUAAAAUGUAAAAUAUUUAAGAACCUUAGUCAUAAUAAACAAUAGAAUAAAAUUAAAAAUUAUUUAUUUUGUAUUGCAG